UUUUAUAUACAAAAAUACACAUUAUAUAUCAUGUCUACUGAAAAUGAUAACCAAAACGUUGAUGCUCUCUUUGAAGAAGAUCCUGGUUCUCUUGCUGGUUUGGAUGACGACGAAGACCUAGAAGAUCUUGACUUGAAAAAUUUAGAUACAAAGAUCUGGCUAGUUAAAGUACCAAAGUUUCUUGCAGCAAAAUGGAAUUCGAUUGAUGAAGAAAAUGCAAACUUGGGAAGUGUACGGAUAUACAGUCAAACGCCACCAGGACGAUCAAGUGCGAUCUCUUUGAUAUUACCUGAAGGUACAGAGGACAUUCCAAGCGAAUACACCAUCAAGAUAUCACCAGAUGAAGUACAGAACAGAUAUGUUUUUACACAAACCGAACAUGGAGGACGAUAUAUGCGUGGCAAGAUUCAUCAUGAUUGUACAGCAACACCAUCACAAUUUGGAGCAUAUAGGAAUAUUAUGAGAAAACGAGUACAUGAAGCAGGCAUGCCACAACGAACAGUACAAGUACUUGGACAAGAUAAUCAACCAGUAUUUGCACCUGGAGCAAGUAGUACUAUGCAAAGUACUGGAUUCUCUGAUUUUAUUACUGCCAAACGACCAAAGACAGAAAAGGAAAAAGCAACUCGUAUGCCUCACAACGAAUUAAUGGAUGUUUUAUUUGCAGCUUUCGAAAGAUAUCCCUAUUGGUCAUUCAAGGGCAUAGUAGAGCAUACACGACAACCAGCACAAUAUUUGAAAGAAGUCUUGACAGAAAUCUGUAUUUUGAACAAACGUGGACCUUAUGCAGGAAAUUAUCAAUUGAAACCGGAAUUCAAACAUAGGGAAUCUCAAGCUGAAAAAGAAGGAACAGAAAAAGCUAAAUUACAACAAGCAUUGGUGGAAAGUGAUGAUGAAGAUGAUGAAGAAGAUGAAGAAGAAAUGGAAGAAAUCAAAUAUUAAUAGUUUAGAUCUUUUAUAUAUAUAUAUAUAAUUGUCAUCUAUCAAUAAAUAUUAUUUAUUUAUAUGA